AUGGGUGCCGAAACUGGCGAGCGCAUGACGCGCAUACACAAGCUCGAGUUGAAGCACCGCGACAACAUGCACAAGACCGACAGCAUCAAGCGUGACGAAGAAGCCCGCCUGCUCAAGGUCCGGUUUCUGAUUUCUCGAGACGAAAUUGUUGCACUGAAGGACGACAUCGCCCUGAAGAACGCCAAGAUCGCCGCUGAAACAAAGCAGAGCGACAAAUUUCGCGUCGAGUUGGCCCAAUGCAUGGAGGCUGCACGUGCGCAGGAGGCCUGGAUUAAGAAGCAAGAUCUUCAACUCGCCAAAGUCAAGGCGGAGUUGAACUCGCUCAGCGGCUCGAAGCAGGACGCUGGCAAGGCCCUUCAAGAAAAGCUUUCUCUCACGCGCGAAUUGAAUCGCAUCAAGCCCGAAUUAGAAAAUUUGCAAUUGCAACUAGCCAGCUACCAGGCCAUGGUGGGGGAAAGGAACGACCUUCGACGCCAAGUAGACUCGUUAGAGGUGGAGCUCGACAACGAAAAGCGGUCGCGGCAGAGGGCUCAGCCAAAGGAAGACGAUUCUGCCAUCGCAGAGCUCAAGACAAAGUUGGACAAAGCAGAGCAAAAGCUUUUGGCCGACAAGAAGGAGCGAGAAAAGGCGAGAAAGCAGCACGAGAGGGAUCUGGCCGAGGCUCAAUCAAAAAACGAGAGACUGGAAGACAGGAUCGAGUCUCUCAAGGCUAAGUACAAGAGUGUUCAUGGCGAGCUGAAGGAGACGCGGACACAGCUACAGAUGUGCCAGGACGAGCUCCAAAAUUUCAAGAGGACGGACUCACGAUCGAAGGAUGGCACGAAGAAGACGACGAUAGCGGAGUCGGGCCGCAGCCGCAAGCGUCCCGCGCAGGAGAUGAGCUUUGAAGACAUUGUCAUUCAGACGCCCGGAAACGUCGAGAAACCUGACAAACGACCGGCAGCUAGGAAGCGUGGCGAGAAGACAGCACUGGGUGCGAAGUCUACCUUCUCAAUCACGCCGUUCUUGAAAAAGACCAAAAGCCUCUCCGAUGAGACUCUGGAGGCGUCAGCGGACGAUGAAUCGGACGUCGCCGGGCCGGAUUCGACCUUUGUGGACAAGGGAAACAACACUGGACAGACGGAGGCGAUGGCAGAGCCGCUCGUCGAAGAUGCGCUUUCGGAACUGGCACCUGGGCUUCUGGAAGAUGAACCAGUCUUGAAGUCCAAGGCCCAGCCAAAGGUUUCCAAGCCCCGCGGUAGGCCAAGGACUAAGGGCCUCACCGAGGCAACCUCUGUUCAGGCAAACAAAGUCCCGGUCAAGGCAGUCAGCGAUACAGCGGUCUUGAAGCCAGGAAGCUGUUUAAAGAAGGACAAAGUCGCCGAGGUGUCGGUCAUGGUGGACCAGGAGAAUGUCACCGCUAAAACAUUCCGAAAUGCGCCCGCCCUCCUGCCCAAGGUACCGGAGGGUGAUGUUAAGAAAAAGAGACGAAAGCUUCUGGGCGCCGUCAACUCGACGCUGCUCGAUGGCGAUGACGAAGACUGCGAGGCGACGGCGAAACCGGCCAAACCAACCACCAUGCCAUCCAAACGGGCCAGAACGCAGCUUGGUGGUGUGAGGAACGCGUUUGCGGGCGCGUCGUUUUCGCCCCUGAAGCGAGACAGGCGUGGUGUCAACGCCAGCUUCCUGGCUUAG